UACCAGAUCAGCAGCCUGGCUGUUUUCUAAUAUAAAAGACCGGCCGAUCCCCCCAGAUUCCUGGACUUGCUUUUCCCCCAUUCAUCUUCACAUUCAGACUACUUUCACUCUCCAGAGUUCCAGCUGCGACCAACUUCACGUCACGCUCUACUGCCAGUCACUCUCCAGACUCAAGUCAAGCUUCUUCUGAGACUACUCGCCUCCAGUCACUUGCACUGCUCGCUUCUUCCACUGGAACCAAUCUUGACGGCCCAGGUACUACUCACUACUACCGGCCCAUUCCUCCUCCUCAUCCUUCACUGCCUUCAGACAGUCUUUACUGUACAAUUCUUGACCACCAAACACCUGUCGUUUUCACAGACACAACAAGUCGUCGCCAUGGUUCGGUCACUUUCCAUCAAGGGCGCGUUGGCCAGCUCCCUCUCUCUGGCCUCUUGCGCGUACGGCACUUACACGCCGUCCAUCUACCCGCGCAACGCCAACGCCACCAACAACAACAACAACAACAACAACAACACCGCGCCGCGUCCCGUCCUCGACGACAACACCUACAACUACACCACCUUCCAGGGGGGCGUCUUCCGCAUCUCCUCGACGCAGGCCGCGCAGGGUCUCUGCGACGACCACGGCUUCGACGAGAACCCUCCUGACCCCCUCCCCGCGCGCGCCACCGCCCUCGACAAGAAGUGGCAGCCGGCCAUGGACUUCGACACGGACUCGUGCUACAACGUGCCGGCCAUCGGCCCGCGCGGGCACAUCGACCAGGGCCGGUCGCGCCACGAGCACGACAUCGACGGCUGCCGCGACGAGUACGACCUCGACCACUCCAACGUGUACUCGCGGCAGCGGUGCAACAAUGGGUGGUGCGCCUACCUGUACGACUACUUCUUCGAAAAGGACAUUGGCGACCGCAUCUGCAUCGGCCACCAGUACGACUGGGAGCACGUCGUCGUCUGGACGAAAGACGGCAAGCCGCGCUUCGGCGCCGUCAGCCAGCACGGCGGCUGGGACGCCCGCCUGUGGCAGGACAUCCCCCUCGACGGGACCUCGCACGUCAAGGUCGUCUACAACAAGGACGGCCUCAUCGGCACCCACUACAUGCGCUGGAGCAAGGGCGCCACCGACGAGCCCCCCGAGAACCACAAGGGCGUCUGGUGGCGCAGCGACCUCGUCUCCUGGAAUGGCUUCCCCGACGAGGAGCUGCGCGACAACCUCACCUCGUACGACUUUGGCGAGGCCACCAUGGCCAUCCGCGACGACCAGUUUGCCUGGAACCUCGAGCGCUCCGUCUCGGGCAUCAAGGGCAAGCUCCCCGACUUUGUCUUUGACUUUGACAAGGACGAGGGCUCGCCUGGUGUUCCGCCCAAGUCCUCGUGA